UUGAAAUGAAAUUGAUUUUUAAGCAAACUGAGCAUGGCUUUGAGCGAAAAUGUACUAAGGUGCAAGACACAAAGAAGUUUGACUGCAAGGCACAGAUUAUACUGCGAGAAAUACUUUUGUUCACGAAAUCCAAGCUUCAUAAAGACACUCCUUAUGAACGAAGGAAGGCUUCGGAAGCGGUGCAAAAGGAACUGAAAAAGGAAAUCCAUGACACAGAUGUUGCUGUACGAUGCAUAGCUGUUAAUCUGCCCAGCCAAGAAGAGCACUCAGGGCAUGUCGUUGGACAGGAAGCUGGCAUUUGUCAACCGAUAGACAAAAUAGUCCUGAAAGAAAUAGAUAAGCUUGUUAGUGAGGGAGUCUAUGAUGCAGAGAUGCAGCGACAUCUGAAAAAGGCUGUGGCUUCACGAUACCCAGAACAGAGCAGUCAACUUGAAAACCGCAGGUUUCAUUCACAACUGCAAGAUAUCCGAAACCACAUGUAUCUCUCGCAGAUCAGACAGCUUUAUUCAAAAAAUGACCAGGAGAGCCUUCAGUACAAGGUGGAGGAAUGGAAAAAACGUUUUCCAGAAGACAACGUUUACUGCAAGCUGCGACUCGAAGACGAACGAUUGGGACAACAAACUCAAAAAUUCCUUUUCGUCUACCAGUCAAAGCAGCAAGCACGUCUUUUCGCUCGAUAUGGAGAGAUCGUUCUUCUAGAUGCCACGUACAAAACCAUGAGGUACAGUCUCCCACUCUUUUUUCUUUGUGUCAGAACCAACGUGAAUUAUCAAGUCAUUGGCACUUUCAUCGUUCAAAAUGAGACUAAAGAAGAAAUUAAAGCUGGCAUCGAAGUCAUCAAGGCCUGGAAUAAAAAAUGGCAUCCACGGUUCUUCAUGACAGAUUUUGACGAAAAAGAAAUCAACGCAUUAGAAGAUUCCUUCGAGGGCGCAGAAGUUUACUUGUGCGACUUCCAUCCGGAGCAAGCAUGGACACGGUGGGUGAGUGCUACCAAAAAUAAAGUGAACGAAUACAAAAUUGAAGUACUGGCACGAUUAGGUAGGUUAGCUAAGGCAGAAUCUGAGGUACAGUACCAUAAGAUGUUGCACGAGCUGAGAGAAUCAUCCAUUUGGAAAGACAGCCCAGCACUGCAACAAUGGUUUAGCAACCAGUGGCUUCCUGAGUACAAGAGAUGGGUUUGGGCCUUUAGGAACAAUUCGUUUCAAGUCCUAAUCAAAACAAACAAUGGAAUUGAACGUCAGAAUGAGAUGCUGAAGUACUCCUAUCUGAGGUGUAAACGGAAGUGCUCCGUGACGCAGUUGGCAACUAUCCUAGUUGAGAAUUUUUUUCCUUUUUAUCAUCUUUUCCACAGAUACGCCAUCUUGAAUAGUAAAUCGUCUAGCGGUUAUCGCAAAUACAAGGCUGAAGUUCCUGAAUUUUUAAAGGACCGACCAAGAUUUUUCAUUUUAAAUUGCAUGCAAAGCAUUCAAGCAGCCAACGUCAUCAAACGGGAGCAUAUUGCUUUAAGGCCAGAUGGGAGCAUAGAAGUUCAAAGUGUGCAAGCUCUGCCGCGGUUUAGAACAUAUCAAGUGUCGUUUGGUAACGAAAACACAAUGCCCUCUUGUCAGUGUGAGAGCUGGCAACUGAAUCUCCUACCAUGCAAGCACAUUUUUGCUGUCACACUACAUUGUCCAGGCUAUUCUUGGUAUAGUCUUCCAGCAGUGUAUAGAGAAUCGCCAGUUUUUCGCCUUGAUGACCUUCAUGUUGUUCCUAAAGUUACUUCUCAUCCAAUGUCAUCGAAGAAGCCUGAUGACGAUCCAUUCAUGUCUGCCUUGGUUCGAGAUGAAGAGACUGCAAGCUUUGAAGAGGAUAUACAAACAUCAGUCAUUGAAGAAGCGUCUACAAGUGGAAAUGCAGGAAAGUUACCAAAGAGCAGAUCAGCAAGAUUAAAUGUUGCAAGCGAAUGCAGGGAUUAUCUAAGUCAAAUACGAAAUCUGACAUAUCUGAUAACUGACGAAACAUCUCUGAAGAAUCUUUUUGUAAAGUUACAUGACAUCUUGGAAGGCCUUAAAAAUACUGCAGACAGAGACAAUGGAUUCAUUCUUGAAAAUACCGGCCAGAAAAUUAGGCGCAAAAGCACUGCAAACGAAGAGCCACUGGGAAAAGAUGAAACUCUACUUGAUACAAUCGACGUGACUACUAGCAAGGUGGUCCUUCUGCCAAAGGAGGAAACCAGCAAGCUUGUUAAGAGACGGUAUGGGCAGGCUUAUGAAACUCGAGUGGCUCACAAAAAUGUCAAUUUGAAUAUUGAUACUGGCCUGCCAGGAAAUUAA